AAAGGAAGCCUCAUGGGCCUUCAGGGUGUGUCGACUGGAAAGACAUGAGAUUCUGUUUUGGAGUGAAGCCUGCAGGCAGUAUGAAGGAGUUGAUCUUUGGUGUGUUCUUGGUUACAAUGGGAGUCUUCUCUCAAAGUUGGGCGAUUCUACUCCCUUUAGGUCUUCCAGUGGAAAUUUGUUACACUCAGUGGUUUGACCGUGACAAUCCUAGUGGAUUAGGAGAUUAUGAAACACUCGACCAGCUGAGAGCAGAAUAUCCAGGGACAAUCUGUCCCAAGCCUUUAACCAUUGAAGCUCAGACUGUCUCUGGUACUCCAGCCUCAAGCACUGGACAAGUGUUUCAAUACUACAACACGGUGUAUGGCUUUGCCUGUGUGAAUUCUCAGCAGAAAUUGGGAAGUUGUCUGGAUUAUAAGGUGCGUUUUAGGUGCCCGUGUCUUGACCUUGAGGUUCUCUGAUCAACCUGUGGCUUGAGUUAAACGUGUUGACCUUCAGGCAUCUUAUUGCAACCUUGUUAAUUCGUGUUGCUUCCUGUCUCUUAACUCAAAUGUGUAUUGAGAACAUGUACAGAAUGAACUUUCUUUUGGAGAGUAAUCGCAUGAGCAAUUUGUAUCCCCUGUAAUGAGAAACUGAAUAAUAAAAAUAAAAAAAAAAU